AGGCCGGGCAGCCUAACUAAUGUUUAUGAAAAGUAGUCAUUAUAUGGAGCACGAAUAGCUCAGGGGCUGGAGAGGUCGGAAGUGGUUUCCUUGGUUUCGAUCGGCCAAUCUCAGGACUGUCUCAAUUCAUCCAUGGGCACCCCCGUCUACGAAGGACGCUAAGUUGGGGCGUACCGCCACCGCCUUCGGCCACUAUGGAGGAGAACCGCGCACUUAUUAGGGAGUUGCCUAGGGGAACCACUGAUUCCCCGGUCGUGGAGGAGAUAGUAAAGUUGGAGAGGAGGCUAUUUCCCAAGCACGAGUCCCUCUCAUCUUCCUUCUACCAAGAGCUGGGGAAGAAGAAUGGUGGUCUGCUCUACUGUGUCCUCUUGGACGAGGGGAAGCCCAAGGAACAAGUCGUGGGUUACGUCAUGUACUUCUUCCCGUCUUCCUUGUAUGCCUCCGUCACGAAACUUGCAGUAAGAGAGAAUUAUAGAAGGAAAGGUUAUGGGGAAGCACUACUUAAAGCUGCUAUUGAAAAAUGUAGAUCAAGAAGAAUUCAACGAAUAUGCCUCCAUGUGGAUCCCUUGAGGAGACCAGCGUUGUGCCUCUACCAGAAGCUAGGGUUUCAAGUUGAUAGCAUAGUUGAAAGUUAUUAUUCUGCUGACAGGGAUGCGUACAGAAUGUACUUGGAUUUUGAUGUUAAAAAAUGACUAAAGAAAAAUGUUUUUUUGGUCUCUCGUUUUAUUAUUUUAGUAUGUCCUAUUUCUUUCUGGAAGAGAACAGAAUUACUUGUAUGAUAGGGCAUAUUUUGGAUAUUUAUAAGAGUUUGUCCAGAUAAUGUAGUGAUUUUGUUGUUGGCACCA